CACUUAGGAAAAUCCUGAUGAGCAGCAGUAAGAAUUACAAAACUUCUUAUUCCAACAUUCACUUGCUUCCUUUUGAAUACUUAGAGAGUGGAGGAGACAGCAACUGGAGCAGCACAGGCUUUUAACUCAAGAUAUUAAGAUGAGCGCAGACACGGCAGAGCACACGGAGGCUCCAGGUGAACAGACGGAGCGAAACGGAAUCGACUUCAGUCGUCAGAUAAAAACAGAGGACAUUCAUGACUCACCUCAUUCAGGCUCCACCGUAAAGACAUGCCACCUGACACAGAGCUCUCCAGUGCACGGAGGUCAGCUGACUGGGGAGCUCACAUCUCUCCACCCCAUGCAGCAGCUGGUUCUGAUGCCUCCUUCUCACCUGCCAUCUCCCUCCCCCUUCCUGCUCUCCCAGAGUUCCUCCAGUCACCAAGCCCUUCUGCAGCAGAACCUGCUAUCUCUUCCCAGCCAGAGCCCAACUGGUCUUCUUCAGCAUCAGCCUGGUCUGGCUCUGACUCCACAGAUUUCCCUCUGUGAUGUUUCUCUGAUCCAGGCUAUGGGUCGCUCGGGUCUGGCUGGACCUUCCAUGGAGAACCACAUGGACAUGUCCCACCUGCAGAUGCCCAAACACAUGUCGGUGCCUCCACAGGAGGAACCUAACGAGCUGGAGGAUCUGGAGCAGUUUGCUAAGGCAUUCAAACAAAGACGGAUCAAACUGGGUUUCACUCAGGGAGAUGUUGGCCUUGCAAUGGGAAAACUCUACGGGAAUGACUUCAGCCAGACCACAAUCUCUCGAUUUGAGGCCCUGAACCUGAGCUUCAAAAACAUGUGCAAACUCAAACCUCUGCUGGAGAAAUGGCUGAGCGAUGCCGAGAACUCACCUUCUGACUCGAUGAGCAAUUCCAGCUCUCUGCCGGCCCUGAUGGAGGGCUACGGGCGCAAACGGAAAAAGAGGACGAGCAUUGAAACCAACAUCAAAAUGACUCUGGAGAAACGUUUCCUGGAUAACCCUAAGCCCAACUCUGAGGAGAUAACCCUGAUCUCAGAGCAGCUGUCCAUGGAGAAGGAGGUGGUUCGAGUUUGGUUCUGUAACCGUCGCCAGAAGGAGAAGAGGAUCUACUGCCCGACAUCAACUCUACCUGUCAAGUCUCACACCUACAACUCCAGGAUGGCCUCUGCAUCCAGGUCCUACAGCCCUCUGGCUUCAGGUGGAGUUUCUUCAAGUUCAUCCCCAAAUAGUAUGAGCCGUGAGGCAUCUCCCAACGGUCUGUCUGCAGCCUCCACCUCUCUAACCUCUCCAGUCAGUGCAGCUUCCUACAGCACGUCAGGGUCAUGGUACCGCACAUGGAACCAUCCCACAUAUCACCACUGAAAAACUGUAUGACAUGAAGUUUUUGAAGGUAGUUUUCUUCUAGAAGGAUGCAUGGAGUCGCUCAUUGUCCCGUAACACACAUGGUUACAGCUACAGGUGAAAGCUCACACGGACACAUGAGACAAAGAAGCGGGAGCAGCACAAGCAGAGGACUGCGUGCCACCACUCUUCUGUCAACACUCACUUCAUUGCUCAUGCAAGUCCCAACAGCCUUCAGCUGUUUGAUUUGUGUUCAAGUGACUCUUUAUUCAGUUGCAAAUAUGAAGAACACACACACAAAUCACACACACACAAA